AUGUUUAAGAGAGUUACAGGAUAUUUGAAAAAGAAACAGACAGAAUGGUUCGAAGUUGACGCUGAGAUCGAGGAUGAGCCAGAGUACCGUUUGUGGUGGACGUGGCAAUACAUCCUGGACCUGAUCUGCUGGGUCUCCCGGAACGGGCUGCUGAACGCGGCCUUCAGCUUCGUCGUGCUGGGGGGGCUGAUAGCCACCGUCGCCAAGCUUGACGGCACCACCCUCGGGGUAGUAGGGGAGAUCGCGAUGCUAGAUCAGGCAUACAAUGUGUGGUACGGAGCGGUAGCGGUGAGUUUGGUGGUCACCGCCUUGCGAGAUUACCCCGGCAUGCCUAUCACUUUCUUCAUGAAACGGAAGACGGAACAAAACACGAUGAACAGCAGUCUCGUGGUGACGGCUCUCAAAUAUUUCUACUACCUGUGCCUGCUGCGAGUCGUGUGCGCUUACUUCUGGAUGUACCUCGUCGGCAUCAAGAUGAAGUUAGCCGAGCACCCCAUCAACACCCAUCACCACCAUAGCCAGAUGAUGAAGCUGGUGAGCUUCGGGCUGGUGCAGAAUGAUGAUGAGCCUGAGCCGGUCUACAAUGAUGGGCUCCUAAUACUGUUGGCCUUGUAUAUCAUCAACAAGAUUUUUAUACCUAUUGGACCUCCAGAUUUGUACCUUAACGACGGCGAUCGCAUCGUGUACCUGAUAGUGAUGGUGACAGGAACCCUGAUGGUGACAGGAAUGGCGGUGGCCUCUCUCUCAUCCGUCAUCAGCAUUCAUAUGCGACCGGCGGAGAACUUUCGCACGCGGUAUAGGAUCAUCAUGAGAGACCUGACGAGCUCCGACAUUCCUGAAAGCCUCCGAAACAAGGUGGAGACCUUCUACAAGAUGUACUGGCACAAGCAAAGAGCUGUCUCCGCCUCUCAGUUGCUGCCUAGCUUCCCGCCUGUCCUGCCCAGCAGUGUAUACACCGAUGUCUACUUUGAGGCCACACAGAAGAGCGGUCUCCUCCGUGACCUGUCGUACGAGUUUCUCGAGCUGGCGCGACACAUGGAGACUAUUUUCUAUAUUCCCGGUGACUGCAUCAUCAAGCGGAACUCGCUCAAGGAUUCCAUCAUCUACAUCACCUACGGAGACGUGGAGAUGCUGACAGCCGAAGACGACGUGUCUCCGAUGCUGCGUUUCACGCGCGGCACGAUUCUCACGCCGUGGGGGGGCUGCGCGGAAGGUGGGGGGCGGGCGCACGUUCAGAUGCGUGCGGGCACGUUCUGCGCAGCGCGUGUGCUGCGCGCGCGCGGGUUGUGGCGCGCCGCGCUGCGCCUGCGCGGACGCGGGUACGCGCGCCUCAUGCUCGACGAGAUGCGGGAUCACAUGAAUAAAGUGAAGAGACAUUAUCAUUUCAUAAGAAGACCUGUGCAAACACAAUACAAGAGCAGCAUCCUGGAGCUGAAGAAGAACCUGGUGGCACUGAAGGCAGCUCGCAACGAGGAGGGAGAGCUGCUGUUGGCUCGCCCAGACUACUUGCUCGAGAUCGCUGGCUGCUACCUCAUGAGAAACCGUGCGGACGCGACACUGACGGACGAUUCGGAUCCGAUCUGCCUCCGACAGACGUUUCCCUGCAUCCUGCAGCCGACGUCUUCACUGCUCACCGCCUGGAACUGGCUCAUGGCUGGUCUCAUCUUGGCUGUGUGCUUUAUCUACCCGUACCAGAUCAUCUUCAAGAAGACCGUUUCCCUGGAGUUCUCUUUCUUUAACAUCAUGGUGACCGCGCUGUACCUUCUGGACAUUGUCGUCUAUCUCUCGACUGGGACUAACGUUGAGGAAGGCGUCCCUAUAACGUUCAUGGAGACGGCUUCAAAGCAAGUGCGAUCGCCGUGGUUUAUAGUGGAUGUGUUGGCUACUGCACCCAUCUUCGACUUCAUUCUGGAUGGAAGGUUACGUGGUAUUAAUAGGGUUCUCAGGUUUCCAAAGGUAAUCCGCAUGAUUCAGACACUGGAAGAAGAAUGCGUGUAUCAUACUAACGUCAUCCGUUUCUUCGUGUGCUCGCUUCUGCUGUUCUUUGCAUGCUACUGUCUUGCCGCUGCACAGCAAUGCACUCUCUGCUACAGAUACGGCUACUGCCAGGUGGACAACUUCACCCACGAGCCGUUCUGGACGGAGGCGCCACUGGACGACGACAGCCAGAAUGUCUUGGACCGCCUCUUCUUCAGCCUCUACUGGUCCAUGUCUAUACUUACCUUCACCUGUCACCUGGAGAUGUUGAAAGAGAGCCCCGAGGUGAACACGUACACCGUGAUCCUGCUGGAGAUAUGCAUCGUACUCAGCAUCGGCAUCGAAUCUGUGUACUCCGCUACCAUUAUGGUCACCACUGCUUUCAGAGAGAGCUUCGACUCAUGCAUCGCAGACGCGCGCACCUUCCUCAUCGGCCACCAGGUGCCGCUGCAGCUGCGGCAGCGCUUCCUCGAGCACCUUCAGCUCUGCUGGGACACCAGAAAGGCGUACGCGAUGACAUCGAAGCAGAGCUCAGUGUUCUACGACCUGCCUCCCCACGUGUAUCAGGACAUCCUGGCGCGUCAGCGGAGCAAGUUCAUCCUCUGCAUACCGUUCAUGAAGCUACUCAACACCGAAGACCUGAAGAACGUCUCAUCAAACGCCCGCAUAUUCUACUGCGCGCCGAACGAGAUCCUGCUGAACACCGGAGACAUCAGCACCGAGAUGUUCAUCAUCAAGAAGGGGUUCUGCGAGGUCUUUAACCCAGACACAGAAGAAGUGGUUGGCACGUUGAUAACGAAAAAUCAUUUCGGAGUACUUGAAUGUUUGUUUCGUUUCCCGGCGUUCUAUACCGUACGAGCGACGACCCAUGUGCUAGUGUUCGCCAUUUCCAGAAAAUUUCUGUUAGAGGCGUUAGAGGUGCCUCAGAUAAAAGACGCCAUGAACUUUGUUAAGGAACAAGACGAAUACAACCAGCUCCAGACUGCCCGCGAGCCGUUUGUCGUGUACGAGCCGCCGCCGCCCGUGCCCAACCGCGAGACCUUCCGGCUGCGCAGGAAACAUGAGAAGGACUCCGCCUUCCUUCACCCCUUCAAGAAGUUCGGCUUCUUCGCUAUUUUGAGAAACGUGUUCCCUCGCUUCACGUUUCGACCGGACAGCACUCUGCUUACUCGCUACGAGGUCUGCCGCUCAUUCUGCGCAGUCGCAGGCACAUUUAUCUUCCCGUGCUAUACGUACAUGGUUCUUCAGUUCCCCGCUUUGUACUGGGCGUCGCUUAUCCUGGAUCUGUCGGCCUAUGGGGAUAUAAUAUUCCGGCUGUUCGUCGGCUUUUUUGACAAGAACGGUAUCCUGGUGUAUCACCCGGCGAACACGGCCGCCCAUUAUCUUAAAGGCGCCUUUGCGUUGGACAUACUCGGCUGUCUUCCGCUGGAAGACCUGGAAGUUUCCAUGAAGUAUUCCUACGGUGACCUGUACCAGGUGACUUCUAUAAAGCAAGCGCUGAUGCUGAACAGGUUGCUGCAGAUAUACCGCCUGCCCGGGACCCUGGACAUGCUCACCAGCUUCGUGGAGCGUCGGGACAUUAUACUAGUGUUCAAAACCAUCCCCCUCUUCCUAACGAUCCUGAACGUGCUGACCGUCUGCCUGAUCUUCUCGUCGGUGCGGAUAUACCACUCGGAGGACGCGCGGCAGUGGGCCUUCGUGCCGUUUAACGACCCUGGGGAUCGCUUCAACGUGACUGAAACUCCUUACAACCUGCAUCUGGGCUGCUACUUCUGGAUUGUUUAUGAAGCGACAACUACUGGAUAUAACACCAUCUCGCCCACAAACCUUAAUAUAAUGAGCGUGCUGUUCUGGAGUAUGGUCCUCGGUUCUCUAACAACGAUAUACAUGUCAGUGCGCAUCAUCAGUAUGCGGGCAAACGUGAACAGCACCCUGGCCGCGUACCAGGAGCACAUGAGGGAUUUGCUGCAGUUCAUGCGACGGGAGAAACUGGAUAAGGAAUUGCAGAAAGAAAUAAUGGAUCACUACGAAUUCAACUGGGUCAAAACUGACGGUAUAGACGCGCGCAAUGUGCUCAAGCUGUGCGACCAGAUCACUCUGCGGAGCGACACUAUACUGCAUCUGUAUGGUACUGCAUUCGCUGAGUGUCCAAUCCUCUCCGAUUGUGACGUAUCCCUCCUCCGUGUCCUGGGCCGGGCAGUCCGCAGCAUCCACUUCCUAGAGGGCACCACUAUCUUCCAAGAAGAUGACGUCAUCCACCACCUGUACUUCGUGUACAGCGGCCGUCUCCAGCUGCGCACUAGUGCUGACGCGCCAGAAGGAGUGUGCCUGGUCACCAGACUUGGUGUCGGAAGCAUGGCGGGUAACCUGUUAGACGCGCCGUCGUCGCGCGUGCGCUCUCGGCUAGUGGCCUCCACAGACGUGCAGCUUCUGCGCAUGCGCACCAAGGCCUUCUACGACAUCGUCCGGGCCUGCUUCCCGGCUGUGCUGGAGCUUAUGGCGAAACAUCGGCAGAAAAAUGAGUUAUGUAUUCAAGCCAACGCCAAUUCCGGAUAUCAGCGGCCCUCGAAGGUCCAGGACACAAGAUUCGUCAAGCAGCAUGCCAUCAUCAGUAGCAUAUUCCAGGUAUUCCUCAUUGCAACCUCCAUGGUGUGCGUCUACACGGACUUGUACAACGCCGGCUACCAGGACAACUCCGUGCCAAUGCUGGCGACGCUAUACGCGCUGGACGGCUGCUUUCUGAUGAAGCUGAUGCUGUACUGCAUGUUCCCGAGGCUGGUCAUGUUGCCCACGGAGGAUAUCGAGAAUGCUAGGAUGACGUACUUCAAAAGCACGGAGUUCAAAAUGGACCUGGCUUCAAUCUUCCCCAUCGAAUUGUUCAGCUUAUUGGCGAGCGAUCUUUGGCUGUCACUGUCCUGGCUGCGUCUCAACAGAUUGAUGAGGCUUUCAAUAGUCACCAAAUACCUGAAACGCUACGAGAAGAGAGCCACAGAAAACCUGUUAUUCAGCACAAUGACUCUCAUCAUGUGGUUUACUCUUCUCAUCCACUGUUGGACCUGUUUAUGGUUCUAUAUCGGGCUCAGUAUAGACCGCGAUAAGCAGAAGCAGUCUUGGAGAUAUAACAACGAUGGAGCGCCGUUAUGUGGUAACGAGUACAUCUGCAGCGUGUUUUUCGUUCUGACAAGUUUCGGUCACAGCGGGUUUGCUGACGUCAUGCCCAGGAAUGAGAUAGAGGUGGUGUACGUGGCAGCGCUCCUGAUCGCCUCCCAACUGCUAUACGUUGUGUAUGUGGGGGAGUUCGCCAACAUUGUCCAUUACGCGUCGUUCCGGGCCUUCAGCUAUUACGCCAAGUAUCUGGAGCUUCAGGAUUUCCUGAAGAACAAUCGCGUCUCUCCAGCGUUAAUCGCUCUAGUAAACAAGUACGCGGUGCUGCUGUGGCGAGAUGCACGAGGAGAGCAACUGCCCCAGUUCCUGGCUGAUGCUCCUCUCUGUCUCAAGUUGAAGGUCAUGGAACAAACCUAUAAUGACGUUGGAGAUCAGCACCCUGCGUUUAUCUACUGCGAGCCCGCUCUACUCCGUCAUAUGGUCGGAUACCUUCGACAAUACUAUUACGACACAGACAUGUACGUGGUGAAGCAAGGCGAGAUCACCAACUCGAUGUAUCUGGUGCACUCUGGAGAGGUCGUGGAGAUUCGUGAGAAUAUGGAAAACUGUGAAGACGAUGGCGUAGACCAGAGGGUCUUUACCGCGGGGAAGUACUUUGGAAUUGAGCAAGGAUUAAUUCGUGACAAGUCAUACGACUAUUCUUACCGAACUACGAGCAAGUCACAAGUUCUGUCGCUAUUCUUAGAUGACUGGGAGUACCUUUUGCAGCACUUCCCAGACAGCAAGAUGCUGAUAGAUGAUUAUCGGAGCAGUUAUAAUCGCAAGGAUGAUGGGCCCCCGCCUCCCGCGCCUCCUGAUACCAGGAGUAUUCUAGGAUCCCCGGGCGGUUCAGAUUCGGAUCUAGGUGAACACUGGGGGCCCUCCGAUGGGCCUCCAGCAGGCCCAUCCGAUGGACCUUCAGAGGGCCCAUCUGAUGGACCUUCAGGAGGCCCAGAUGUACCUCCAAGGGGGCCCAGUGUACCUCCAAGGGGCCCAGGUGUACCCCCGAGCACACCACCUGAUAGCGAGGCGAACUCCCUAAUUGAAUUAAAACGUACAAUUUACCCCCAGUCUAAAGGGCCCCAGCAACAACCUUCCGCAACUGAUAGUCUAGCAUCAAAAGCUGCGACUAAGUCUAAAACGGUGAAACUAAUGGAUGAAGCUAAAGCGUUUUUACUUUCACGAGAUCUGUCGACUGAGAAAAUUAAAUCAGCUCUUAAGAUUUCUGAGAGAUCUGACAGAGCUGUGAGAACUGAAACAUCUGUUAAGUUCCGCGAUGACCCUCAACUCACCAGUAGCUCAAAGCAACUCUUUGAACGCAUUCGCAAUGCAGCAAAAGCCGCGGAAGAGAGGCUCGCCAGACAAAGCGGCAAUGAGGAUACGCCAUUGCCAGAAUUAAUGAAGGAACACGCUACCUCACACCAUAGCGUCGAGGAGUACUUGGCUUACAAACAUAAGAUGCGGGAUACGUAUAAAUAUGACCCUAAAAUCGUACAUGAUGAACAAAUUGACACAGAGGCAAAAAUGAGUCACAGUCGUCGUCGAAGUCUGAGACACCCCAAACGGACACACAGUCACUCAGCACACAGUCACGAUGGUUCUAGGGAACAUUUCAAGCAUUCCCAGCUAGCAGAGUCUACAUAUUAUCGUAGCAAUGCACUAGAAAGUCAUUCUGUACCCGUUGUGAAUCUUGAAAGGCCUUUGGGCGAUAACACUCCGUCUAAGAUUUCGCUCUCUGAACUAUCUACUACGGUGGGUUCCGAUGAAAGCUUACGGGGAUCAGAUAUGCACCGAAAAGACUCGGAAGCAGCAAUGACUUCCAAACAAGCCAUGCAACAAUCUGAAGAAGUUAAACCUGAGGUAGAGGACACUGAACAAUCUGAUGAUCGCGGAAGCAAAGGAUCCGACGAUCCUGGUGUAAGUAGGACACCUGCAGUCACUGAACUUCUUGCGUUACCUGCAGCUUUUGGCACCGUGUCGCAACAGUCAUCAUUAAUUCCUGAAGAAUUCAUUACCACAGCAAAAGUAAAGACAUCUCAUGAUAGUGAUGUGGCCCCUGCGGAUGCCCCUGUCGCUGUACCGAAACUGCUUGCGUUGCCACCUGUACCUCCACCUGAAUCGCCUACCCCUGCGAAAGACGUACAACCCCAAAUACCAGAAUUCUUACAAACAAACAUUGAACGUGACCCAUCCAUCGCAUCAACGCUUCUUUUACAAGUGGCGCGUGAAGAUCAGGCAACUAACCUUACUCCAUUGAGACCAUCUGUGAUACUACUUGACGCUACAGGUCCAACCACCGAAAGCAAGCCAUCAGACAAAAAUUCAAAGGAACCUAAUGAGAACCAAGGCGACAAAAGCGAUGAAUCAGAAUCAAAGAGGCAAAAGAGUGAUCCCCACAAAACAGAAGAUCAGAACAAAUCUGAUGAUGAAAAGGCUGAUAAUGAUAAGGAGCACAAGGAGAAAAAAGAUUGAUUAUUUUAAACGCCUACCGUGCGCGACAUGUAUUGUCUUCGUAAAGCUCAGAAAUUAUGAAGGUUGAUAUUGAGCUGUAAGUAUAGUAUACAUAUGUCUCGUGCGCGUCAGUAGACGUCCUUAGUAGUCUGACUGAAGGGUUAAUAAACAUUUGUGACUGAUUCAGACAACUGAAUAACAUAGCAUUGUGUAGGCAUAAUCGUAAUCUCUUGAGAUUGAGGUUCAUAAUCCCAAGAUAUCGUCAAAGAGAACCUGAUAAUGUACCUCUAUGUAUAGAGAUAAUGAAAUAUUAUGUAAUUGCGUAUCCACGGUAAUAGGCUACUUGACCGUUUUUGAAAGUCUGUCUUAUAUGAUUAAGCACUG